UCAAGUCCGCUUCCCGCCUCACCAACCCUCUCUCCGUCGGCGAGCAGCUCCACGCCCGCUCCCUCAAGCUCCCCUCCCACUCAAACCCCUACGUCCUACCGAAAAAGGCUCACGCCCCGCUUUAUAGAUAAAGCCAAUGCCAAAGCCAACAUCCACAAGGUUCACACCACCAAGGUUCACACACACACAUAGUCCAGGAACAAACAAGCAUCAAGGGUUAGUGCUGAGGGCACAGCUCAACAAGCCCAACACACACACAAACCCCUACGUCCUCACCUCCCUCCUCAACCUCUACGCGAAAUGCGACCUCCUGGACCAUGCGCGGAGCGUGUUCGACGAAAUGCGCUGCCCCAACACGGUCUCCUGGACCGCGCUCAUCACCGCGUACAUGAACGCGGGGCGCGUCAGGGAGGCCGUCGCCGUCGCCAGGGACGCGUUCGCGAGCGGGAUGCGCCCGGACAGCUUCACCGCCGUGCGGGUCCUGACGGCAUGCGCCCGGGUCGCGGAUUUGGGCACUGGGGAGGUGGUGUGGAGGGCGGCACAGGAGGAGGGGGUUGCGGGCAGCGUGUUUGUGGCAACUGCGGCGGUAGAUAUGUACGUCAAGUGCGGCGAGAUGUCAAGGGCAAGGGAGGUGUUCGACAAAAUGCCGGAGAAGGAUGCUGUAGCUUGGGGUGCUAUGGUCGGGGGAUAUGCUUCGAACGGGCACCCCCAAGAGACUCUGGAGCUCUUCUUUGCAAUGCAGACUCAGGGAGUGAAGCCAGAUUGCUACACGGUGGUUGGGUCGCUCUCAGCUUGCACACGGCUGGGUGCACUUGAUAUGGGACGGCAGGCAGUCAGGACGAUGGACUGGGAUGAGUUUCUUGACAACCCAGUUCUAGGGACUGCGCUAAUUGAUAUGUAUGCCAAGUGUGGGAGCACAGGCGAGGCUGUUGUGUUCCAGCAGAUGAGGAAGAGGGACAUUGUUGUUUGGAAUGCGAUGAUCUUGGGGCUGGGCCUGACUGGGCAUGGUAAGAUUGGAUUUGCCCUUGUCGGCCAGAUGGAGAAGUCAGGCACGAAACUGAAUGACAAUACUUUCAUCAGCAUUCUCUGCAACUGUACUCAUACCGGCCUUGUAAAAGAUGGACGGCGGUACUUCCAUAACAUGACUCAGUUAUACAACAUCACACCUAGGAUUGAGCACUAUGGUUGUAUGGUCGACCUGCUCAGUCGCGCUGGGUUGCUCCAGGAAGCCCAUCAGCUUAUUGAUGAUAUGCCAAUGCAGGCAAACGCUGUCGUGUGGGGAGCACUUCUUGGUGGCUGCAAGAUUCACCGAGACGCAGAGCUUGCAGAACAUGCCUUGAAGCAGCUCGUCAUGCUAGAGCCCCGGAAUUCAGGGAAUUAUGUCAUGCUCUCGAACAUAUACUCUAACAGCAACAGAUGGGAGGAUGCUGCAAAGCUUAGAUCGGACAUGAAGGUGAAACGGGUUGAGAAGGUCCGUGCAUAUAGCUGGGUUGAGUUUAGUGGUAAGGUCCACGAGUUCCGUGUUGGAGACAAGUCGCAUCCCCACAUGGAUCAGAUUUACCAAAAGCUAGAUGAAUUAGGCAUGGAAAUGAAAACUAUGGGUUACAAACCAACUACAGAUGUGGUGAUGUUCGACGUUGAAGAUGAGGAGAAGGAGCACACUCUAGUUUAUCACAGCGAGAAACUUGCCAUUGCAUUUUGCCUUCUCACUACCCAACCAGGGGAGGUCAUUAGGGUCACCAAGAACCUUAGGGUAUGCACCGACUGUCACACUGUUAUCAAACUAAUAUCAAGGAUAACUCAUCGGGAGAUCAUUGUUCGGGAUAACAAUCGGUUUCAUUGUUUCAAAGAUGGUUGUUGCUCUUGUAAUGACUACUGGUAGAAAUAGAGAAGUGGUGUGUAGUUACAAUUUUGAGCAGGUUGGAGUCCCUUUGACUACUAAAUUUGAGCCAGCUAGAUAGGCAAUUUUCACUUGAAAGACAAGAGCUUCAGGACUCUUGUAUUCCACCAAAUGAGAAUAAGAAUGAGAGCAAGAAGGGGCUAUCUUUGUGAAGGGACCGGCACCAGAAAGUAAAUCAUAUGGCCUUUCUAUCGUCAAAAUCAAGUCAAGCCCCGGCCAAAGAAAUGCAGCAAAGCAAGUCGUCUUUGGUUUGGAGCUAAAUUCAUGGAUGUAUAGGCUUGAUAGAGUGCCCUAUCUGAACGCGCUGGACGAACUGCACGCCGUCUGGUAGUGAUGCUGGAUGGUGCUCUGUGGUGACUACAGGGGGCGUUGGAAUCGGGAAGCCAUAGUAGGCAAGGACACCCUGGGGACAAACAUUGUUUCCAUGAGUAAUGAGUUGAAGAAACAUAGUGUCACUUCUAACUGCUAGUGGUAACAAAACAAUGCAACUGGUAACUAUUGUUGGUUUUGUUUGCAGAACAUUAUAGGCUUAUAGCAGCACGACAAGGCUGAGUCUAUUUUUUUAGGAUAAAAGGAAGGCUAAAAUCUUGACAUAAGCUUUUGCAUAAGUGUGCAGACUUGUACUUGAUACAUCUCUAAUAAUAAAAUGUUCAUAGCCUUUUUAAAUACCUCUUUGUGGGAGUACUAAUUAGAAUCUGAAAAAAGAGAGAAACAAGCCUUUGAAAAAAAGUUGAAACUAGUA